AUGAACCAACAAAGAAAACGAGCUCGGCAGCGCUAUUCAGCCCUUGUUAGUCAACCCACCGUCAUCCCUGAUGUCUAUGGAAACAAGAGAAGAGCUACUGAAGCAGUCAGACGGCAAUUGGAAAAGGACAAUGAUAGCGAAUUCGACCAUUUCGACAUUGAGGAUUGGCCCAUCAUGUCAGACACUGCAGCUGCUGCGCAAUUGCUCAUUGAACAAGCCAUUGCACCCAAACACAAAGGAUCCGAGUCUGCUCGCCGUAUUCCAAGGAUCUGCUUAGUGCAUCAAAUUUAUGCAAUAUUGUCGGACAAUACGACCGUUGAUCGUGAAGUGCAACAAUUGGCCAUUGAAGGUUCAUGGAGAAAGUUUCAUGUCACUGGGACGAUGGAUGAUGAGUUGAUUCUUAUGCGCACUGAAGACUACUUGGCUACCAUUGAUGAAGCUAAACAAGAAUGCAUGGUUGAUAAAGAACAUGAGAAAGGCUUGUGCCCUGAAACUUUUGAUCGCUUCAAAGAUCUCAUCAAAGAUGCAAAGUAUCCUGAAGUCACCAUCAAACGCUCAUCCCUGGAGGAUUUUACAGAUAAUGAAAUCAGCCAGUUGAUACGAUAUCAUAUCAUUCUUCCACACACGACGAUCCCAAACACCUAUUGGUUUGCUGUGCGACGUAAUGGCAUGUUCAUGUCGUAUCUCCGGAAAGGAAGAAGCGAGAUAAUACGUGCACUCAAGAAACGGAUGACCAAGGACAUGAUGGAAAAGCAAAUCAAGGAAAAGAAGCUCAAUUUAACGGUGCUAAGUCAUUCGUUUAUAUUGCGUGAUUUGGUUGGUAGUGGUCGUGUUGAAAGGCACAAGACACCAAUGGGUGAUUUAAUUCGGCUGACCAAGAAGGGUGAACGAUCGCUUUGA